AUGGAUUUUGAAAAUCAAGAGUUUGAAUCCGGCUUCCAUUACGAAAUUCAAAACGAUGGAAUGCGCCAAGGUGCAGAAGCUCGAAUUUACAUGUGUACUUAUCUCGGAAAGCCAGCUAUAAUGAAAGAAAGGUUCGUUAAGAAGUAUCGUCACUCUGCACUCGAUCAUCGUUUGAACAAGGUUAGAAUGCGAAAUGAACUAAAAGGAAUGGUGAAAGCACAGGAGCUGGGCAUUCCCACUCCCACCAUUUUCUUUGUUGACAGCCACAAAAAUCGAAUAAUAAUGGAAAGAAUUGAAGGAUGUACAGCUAACCAUUGGAUAGAAUCAAGAAGACUUAGUGAGAACAGUUCUGAACAGUUUUUGUCUGAUAACAUGGAAUUUGGCAAUGCACUGGGAGAGGCAAUUGCUAAAAUGCAUCUCGGAAAUCUUGUACAUGGCGACCUCACGACUUCGAAUGUUAUCUUGAAAGAUGACAAUUUUAGAAGGCCUAUUUUCAUUGAUUUUGGACUUGCUUCAUUGGGGAAGGUUUUACCAGAGGACAAAGGUGUAGAUCUCUAUGUAUUGGAAAGAGCAAUGAUCAGUACUCACAUCGAUUCUGAACAAGUGUUCGAAAGUGUAUUAGAAGGGUAUAGAAGCUUCAACAAUAAACAAGGAGAUGCGGUGUUGAAAAAGCUGGAUGAGAUUCGAUUACGAGGACGGAAGCGAGAUAUGACUGGAUAA